UUUCCUACUCCAUUGAAAAUGUAGCCUUGAUACUUGAAAAUGUAGGAUUUCAACCGUCUUCACCGUAGUGGUGGUGAUAAGAGUGAUCAGUGGGGAUGGUGCUUACAAAUUUCAAUGGCGCCGGUGUUGGAUUCGGUUUUGGUGUCGGUUGUGGUUUCGGCGUUGGAUGGGGCUUCGGAGGUAUGCCUUUGAAUUUUCUAGGUCUCGGUGCAGGUGGAGGCUGUGGAGUCGGGUUGGGCCUUGGAUGGGGAUUUGGUGCAGGAUUUGGUAGCAAGUACCGGUCUUCGAGGGUUGUUUUUCAGGGUGUGGAGUUCAAUAAGAAGAGUGAAAUCGAAGGUACAAAGUAGUCUUGAAAGCGUCUUGUAUCGUUUAAUGCCAUUUAGAAACUUCUAUUUACCAACUCAAGCAUGUGGCAGUGAUAUUGUAUCCCAUAUGGCCAUUUGUUGAGUAACAUGAACAAAAACUUAGGUUUGUUAUUUAAACUUCCGAGUUAUGUGGAAAAAUGUCAAGUUUCGGACCAUGUAGAUGUUAGUGGAUUGAUUUGGAUUGCAUUA